AUGAAAUCUGCUAGACUUCUUCGUUAUGCGUCAUUCCUGUCUGGUUUCGACUACACCGUUAAAUUCAAGAAGGGAGAGGAAAACAAAAAUGCUGAUUGUUUAUCUCGUGUACCUGUACCUCAUUCAAAUGUUUCAACAGAUCUUUUGAUCAAUGAAGAAUGUUACGGGGAUCCCAAAGAAAUCGCAGGAGUCUGCCACUAUCUAACCUUCAAAAGAGGUGCAGGGUGGACACCGGAUGAAAUCUAUAACCAUCUCCCGUCUCAGGAAGUGCUACAGGGACUUGGGACUAAUGCAAAGAUUAUCACAAAGCUGGCAAUGUACUGGUCAGGAGGGAAAACUCUGACCAGUAUAGCAAUACCCAUCGAUACUCCCGAAGAAAGUAAGAACAGGAGAGUGUGA